AUGUGUGCUCCGUCUGUGUCCGACGUCACCACAGCCCGAUGCACUCCACGCUGUAAGCACCGUCCACGUCCGACGUCACCACAGACUGCUGCACUCCACGCUGUCAACACCGUCCGCGUCCGACGUCACCACAGCCUGCAGCACUCCACGCUCCCGCUGCACUCCACGCUGUCAGCACCGCCCGUGUCCGACGUCACCACAGCCCGCUGGACUCCACGCUCUCAGCACCGUCCGUGUCCGACGUCACCACAACCAGCUGCACUCCAUGCUGCCAGCACCGUCCGCGUCCGACUUCACCACAGCCCGCUGCAUUCCACGCUCCCGCUGCACUCCACGCAGUCAGCACCGUGCGCGUCCGACGUCACCAAAGCCCGCUGGGCUCCUCGCUGUCAGCACCGUCCAUGUCCGACGUCACCACAGCACGCUGCACUCCAUGCUGUCAGCACCAUCUGCGUCCGACAUCACCACAGCUUGCUUUACUACACACAGUCAGCACUGUCCUUGUCCGACGUCACCACAAUCCACUGGAAUCCACGCUUUCAGCACCGCCCUGGUCUAACAUCACAACAGCCCGCUGAACUCCACGCUGUCAGCAGCAUGAAGCCCGCUGCAGUCCAAGCUGUGUGCACCGUCCGCGUCCGUCGAAACCACACACCCCGCUGCACUCCACGCUGUCAGCACCAUCCGUGUCCGACGUCACCACAGCCAGCUGGACUCCACGCUAUCAGCACAGUCCGUGUCGGACUUCACCACAGCCCGCUGCACUCCACGCUGCCAGCACCGUCCUCAAACGACGUAACCCCAGCCCGCUGGACUCCACCCUGUGAGCACCGUCCGUGUCCGACGCCACCACAGCCUGCUGCACUCCACCCUGUCAUCACCGUCCGCUUCCGACGACAAUACAGCCCCCUUGACUCCCCGCUGUCAGCACCGUCCGUGUCCGACGUCACCACAGCCCGCUGCAAUCCACGCUGUCAGCACAGUCCGCGUCCGAUGUCUCACAGCAAGUUGCACUCCACGCUGUCAGCAUCGUCCACGUCCGACGUCAACACAGACCGCUGCACUCCACGCUGUCAGGACCGUCCGCGUCCGACGUCACCACAGCCAGCAGCACUCCACGCUGUGAGCAUCGUCAGUGUCCAACGUCACCACAGCCCGCUGCACCCCAUGCUGUCAGCACCGUCCGCUUCCGACGCCACCACAGUCCGCUGGACUCCAAUCUGUCACCAACGUCCGCUUCCGACGUCUUCACAGCCCGCUGCACUCCACGCUGUGAGCACCGCCCGCGUCCGACGUCACCACAGCCCGCCGCACUACACGCUGUCAGCACCGUCCGUGUCCGACGUCACCGCAGCUUGCCGGACUCCACCCUGUCAGCGCCGUCUGUGA